AUCUAAUUACACUCAUCCCUCUUAUGUAGAGGAUGUGUUUAGCCUUUACGAUGUCUCAGAACUUUGAGUGUUGUUUACAUAUUCGAAGAUCUGGAACUGUUAGGAGGAGGACAAGAUAAUAUUUGUCAACCUCGGUCAAGAUAGGCGAAAAGUGUCAUCGCUGCCAUAUUGAAAGUCUGUGGCUUGUGUGCUGACUGGAAAAUUGUGCAGAAAUCGUGGGAGUGGAGAGUUUUAUCGUAAUGUGUCAUUAUUUUACUAACAGUUUACUCAGAGACGAAUUCAUUCGUUUGUAAACAUUACUUUAGUGUUCUCGUUCGGACCUUCAUCGAGUCACGCUAGGGCGGUGAAGUAAAUGAAAUAGGUCAUUCAGAUUACAUACGAAGUGUCAUCUGAGUAAUUGUAAGGGCUGCAGACGUUGUUAAAUGAUGUUUUCCGGUUACAGUCUAUCUGCGUAACAGUUUGUUUUGGUUAUGGCUGAUAUUCGUUGUUGCUCUACAGGCAGCUUUAAUGCCAAUUAAUGGUCUACAAGAACUGCUGUUGAAAAGUGAUGAAUUUAUCAAAAAGGAUGUUUAUAUUAUUUUGAUGAUACACAGCCAGAGCGCAGAAACUGAAGAAUGGCUGCAACAUUCGACCCAUACGAUAGAUCAAGUUGGUACUUUGGUUCCAUGACUAGGAAGGAUGCUACUGAUCUCCUGAUGGGUGAAAGAGAAGGUGGUGUUUUCCUUGUGAGAGACAGCAAAACAAUUCAAGGGGAUUAUGUGUUGUGUGUUAGGGAAGAUAGCAAAGUGAGUCAUUAUAUUAUAAAUAGGCUUCAACAAGGGGACCAGACAAGAUACCGCAUUGGAGAUCAGAUAUUUCCGGACUUGCCAGCAUGCCUGGCAUUCUACAAGUUACAUUAUCUUGAUACUACGCCUCUUAUAAGGCCAGCUCCUCGGCGGGUUGAGAAAGUUAUUGCAAAAUAUGAUUUUGCUGGUAAUGAUGCUGAUGACCUACCAUUCAAGAAAGGUGAUAUAUUGACAGUGGUCUCCAAGGAUGAGGAUCAGUGGUGGACAGCUUGUAACAGCAGUGGCCAGACUGGAUCAAUACCUGUGCCAUAUGUUCAGAGGUACGAUGACAGCCAGCAGUGUGCGCCAGAAAUUCAUAGACCCGGAUCUGGUGGUGGAAAUCCAGUGAGUCAUCAACAAGAAGUUUCCAUUCGAAGAACAAAUAUACAGCGGAAGCUUCCUGCUUAUGCCCGUGUCAAACAGGCAAGAGUGCCAAAUGCCUAUGAUAAAACAGCAUUGAAGCUUGAGGUCGGUGAUAUAAUAAAAGUAACAAAAAUGAAUAUAAAUGGACAGUGGGAAGGAGAACUGAAUGGAAAGGUUGGCCAUUUCCCAUUUACACAUGUUGAGUUUGUUGACUCAGAAAACAAUGAUGGUACUGAUGAAAGUUAAGGUGGGUCCUUGAAGAAAACAAUGUAAAUUUUAUGAGAAAUGUGUGUAUCACACUAGGAUGAAUAAAGCAUACUAGAUGGGCUUUUCUAAAAUAUGCUGUAGUGGAGUUAGGAUUCAUUAUAACCAGAUACGCCAUUACUGGCAAUGAAAGGGCCUGGAAAAAAGUUCAUAAAAUUUUCUCUGAUUAAAAGGAAAUGAUAAGUCACAUAUAGUAAUGAAAUGCUCUGAAGUGGACACAGCAUUCCUAAUAGACAGAGAAAAUGCAGAAUGUUUGUAAAUUGGUUGCUGCAUAUUGCAAUCAAUCUGCUAUUCAUUACAGCUACUUUUGAAGUUUGAAAGACAAAAUUGGUUUCUAUGGUUGUCAGUCUGUGAGCACAAGGAAAACACCGGGGAGAACGUCAGAAAAUUUGAGCAUUUUCUGUUUUUUAUAUGAAUAAUAUUACACAUUCUGUUGUUUUAUCUCUUUAUGUACAGCUGAUAACAAUUGAUACAUGCAGUCAAUAUGUGGAGCAGCUAUAGCAUGAUAGCUCUUUAAAGGAGUGGAAAGAUAGAAGCAAUAAGGUUCAUGAAUAAUUUUAUGUAUAUAGUACUAAAGAGGAACUUAUGAACUAAGCGUAAGUGAUGAACUUUUUUACGCAAUUUGAUUGAAGUUUGCUGAAUGUAAUGAACUGUACUUUGUAAAUUGCACCACUGUUUGUUUACUAAAAUGUGGCUUUUGUUGUCAUACAGAGCUCCACUUGUCUGUUUACACUGUCUGGAUACUGUGAGGGUACAAUCCUGUUCACAUUUCAUUUUCAGUAUGAAAUAAUAAAACUGAAAACUGAGUACUAUAACUUCUGUAAUUUGUUGGCACAUCUGACAAGCAAUUAUGUUCCAUUAUGCUGCUUGCAUUUUAUAAAGUGAUGCUUUACUCUAACAAUGUGUGCAUCUGAACUGCCUCUGAGGAUUUUAAUAGCCUUACUAUAUUUUGUCAUAUAAUUAUCCACUGUUAUGGAAAAUAUAUUCUGCUGUGGUGGUUAACAGUGGAAAAUUCAGACUGAUAUAUAGAAGUUUUAAGACACGCUACUUGUUGUAAAUGGUUGAAGCAAAUCUUUCAGCAUAUUGAAUGUUGUGUGAGAUUGUAACUAAUUCCACACAUCUUGCUGACCUUUGUGUUUUGCUGGGUGUGAAUGAUGAUAGAAUCUGCCAGUUGGACCUUUCUGUUGUGCCCACUUCUGAGUGACAUGCCUCAUGCACUGUUGUGCCUGUAGGUAAUAUAUCAUUAUACGUAAUUGUCCUGAUUAUGUUAAACAUUGCUGUCUUCCAGUGAGAAAAAGUGGUCCAUGAAUAUUUGUAUACAAUAAGGGUACCCUUUUUUAAGAUAAGUGUGUUUCUUGGUUCUAGAAUGGUAGGCUUUUGCUUGUGUUUUUGCUGCAGUAAUUAUACCAGUGUAAUUUACGUUAGCAACUGAAAAGAGUAUAUACACAAUUUAGUUUAUAUAUAUCAGUUAAACUAGCAAUCGUUGUUAUUGCCCUUUUUUAUGAGAUUCAUCUACAUUCUUCUAAAAUUCUCUUGUUGGUUUUAGUGACACUGCAAUGACUGCUGAUUAUAUAACACUCAGUAUGUUUAGUGACAUUUUGUAAAAAUGUCAUUGGGUAUAUUUUCAGAUUUUCUAAUUUUGAAACUUGGAAGUUUUAAUGUCUACAUGCAGUUAUUUCAGUAGCUAAUGAAGAGUUGUACUUGUGCAAUGUGUGUUAUGAUUUAUAUUGUCACUAAUUGAAGAUUUUUCUAAUGAUUCCUUGAAUCAUACUUAAAAAUAUUCAGUUAUGUUCAGAUCUGCUGUUUUGAUUCCCAACUGUCUCAUAAACAUUUCCAAGUCAUAAUUAUGCAAAAGCUUCUGUUAGUGAAUUUUUUUAAAAAUACUUUGGAUCAUAAAAUACAUUGCACAAAGUUAAAAUAAAGAACUCAAUUAUGGAAACUGUCAUACUGAAGGAGGGUCAGAAAUCUUAUUAUGCUACAGUUUGGUCCAAAAAUAAAAUAUUGAAUCUGAAUGUGAUGUAUAUUGCUAAUGUGAUAUGUCGGUGGUAUUUUCGUUACAUUCUGUAUGCAGCCCAUAUAGUUGUUUAGCUAGAAGGUAAAUUUAGCCUAGAUGUGGAUGUAAUUGUUUUAUGUGGGCAAGUAGUUCUGCAGAGAUGAUUGUGUGGCAGACUGUAUCACAGUGAUAUUAAAUGUGAAUCAGCAUGCGUGAAAAUUUGCUCAGAAAUCUGUAUUUAAUUAGAAUGUAAGGCAAUCUUCCUCAAUUAUAUCAAAUAUAAGGUAGUUUUGUCAACAGUUACCUAUAGUUCUGUUAAUGUACACUGUUCAGCUCUUUGCUCCAUGUGGUAUGUACAUUAUGAAUCUGAAAUAGAUUUACCAUUUUACAUAUUUAUAACAUACUGGAUAAUGAAUAUAAUUUGUUUGUUAUUUAUUAUGAGGGAAUCCAUGCACAAAACAUUAUUUUACCAGCACUCAUAUUUGUCAAAACUGCUGGCUGCUGUAUCAACAAACGUAUACAAUGUCAUAUGACACUCAUUCUGUGGUCAUCAAGAAGAGUCAACUCAUUGAAUCCCACAAAUUUGUGCAAGUACACCCAAAGAAUCUGAAACAUGUAGAAUUUAUUGAUUGUGCACUUGAAAAUUAAGAUCUGGAGCUUUUUAUUUAUAUUGAUUUAUCUGGUGUUCUGUACUGUCAGUGACAGAAGUCAUGUGAACAUUGUAUAUACAUGAAUAUGAUACUUCAAAGUACUACCUACAAGCACUGAAAGUUAAGAAUUUGGGUUGCCUUAUAUUUCAUGUAACUGUGCUGACUGACUUAUAGGAAAAAUAUAUUUGAUGGAAAUUUUUU